AUGAAGCUGUCUGCCUGGACUCUCGCGGCCGCACUUCUGAGCACGACCUCGGCGUGGCAGCUCGAGGCCGGGUCCCAGACGUGGACCGGGUCGACCCCACAAGGCUGUAAGGCCGUGCUCAUCCCGCGAGGUACGCAGAUCAGUUGGCGCGGAUCCCGCGGGGCCAGCACCGUCCAGUUCUUCAAUGUCCAGGGCCGAUGCACCCAGGUGUAUCGCACCGUGAUGGGGGUGGGGGAUAUUAAUGCGUCGAACACGAUCUAUGGCUUUGUCGUGAAGGCUUAA